AUGACCGCCUCCCUGGUCCUAAACCCUCGCUGGCCAGCGGAAACGGUAAUGUUUGUGUAUGACAACAACCUGGACGACCUGAACAAGAACAUGGAGGGGCUGGUUGGCAGCGGCAACUUCGCCGCCAGCCAGUGCCGCAACAUUAUGGCGCACUCGGCCGCCGCCGCUGCUCUGGGCGGCCACCCGUCCGGCCUGGUGCACUCUUCGGCUGGCUACUCCACAGUGGACGUGUCCGCCUCAGGUUCCAGUGACUCCGGCGCGUCUUCCGGGAAGCAGUGCGCGGCCGGACCGUGUCCAGCAGCUGCCGUCCCGCACCAGAGCUCCUCGGCCGCUACCGCGUUACCGUAUAGCUACUUUGGUAACGGCUAUUACCCGUGCAGGAUGGGGCGGGGUUCUCUGAAGUCUUGUACCCAGGCGGCCGGAGCCGCACUCAGCUCGCAGUACAUGGACACGACAGUGAGCUCUGAUGAAUACUCGAACCACCGAGCCAAAGAGUUCGCCUUUUACCACGGCUAUCCAAGCCCGUACCAAUCCAUGGCCAGCUACCUGGACGUGUCGGUGGUCCAAACUCUGGGCACCGGGGAGCCGCGUCAUGACACCCUGCUCCCCAUGGACAGCUACCAGCCCUGGGCUCUAACCAACGGCUGGGGGGGACAGAUGUACUGCUCCAAGGACCAGGGACAGGCCGGACACCUCUGGAAGUCCGCUCUGGCUGAUGUGGUGGCGCACCAGCACGACGGUUCUCCGUUCCGCCGGGGCAGGAAGAAGCGGAUACCGUACACUAAGGUCCAGCUGAAAGAACUGGAGAAAGAGUACGCGGCCAACAAAUUCAUCACCAAGGACAAGAGGAGGAAGAUCUCCGCCGCGACCAACCUGUCGGAGCGGCAGAUCACCAUCUGGUUCCAGAACAGAAGGGUGAAAGAGAAGAAGUUCGUGGCCAAAGUGAAGACCAGCGCGCCGUAG